GGGCUCGGGAGAACUGCGGGGCCCGCUCCAGUCCACGCGGUCCGGGCAGCACAGAGCGCAGCCGCGACUCUCCGCCCGCGGGCGCGUGCGAGUGCGAGUGCGUGGCCCCGCGCAGCCGGAACCUGGGCGCAGAAGCCCAGAUCUUCGCUCCCGGAGGCGGAGGGCUGAGUCCUGCCGCUGCUUCUCCGAAGCCUGCGCUGCCCGCAGAAUCGUCGGGGUCACUGAGAAGAGUGACUACAGCUGAAAGCCUGGGGCUUGCCACAGCGAAUCCUUCUGUGCCCAGGAUUAACAGCAGACCCUCCCUUUGGCAGUGGUCAGAGGGGAAGAAUCCAACUUCUUAGAACAUGGCAGUCUUCAUGGAAUUUUGACAAAGAGGAAUUGUUCUUCAAGAGAAACCCUUCUCCAAUUUAGGCAAGAAAGUUCUCAUUGUCUAUGCGCACCAAGAACCCAGGUCUUUCAAUGGAUCCUUGAAGAAAGUGGCUGUGGAUGAACUUGGCGCGCAGGGCUGCACUGUCACCGUUUCUGACCUGUAUGCCAUGGACUUUGAGCCGAGGGCCACCAGGAAAGAUAUCACUGUGCUCCAGACUGCCUGGUGAACUCCUACUCCAUCUUCAAAGCCCUAAACUGGGCUCAUUGACAAUGCACCCAAGGAGAGCCAGCCACUGCUGUCCUGAGUUAGACCACAUGCAUCUUGAUUAUAAGAUGCGAGGCUUAUCCGACCAUAGCUUUAGGCUGAGCCAGCUAACUGUUGUUCUGUGUAUUGAUCAUUUGGUUAUUUAUCUACUUCUCUUACUGGACUUUGAGUCCCCUGAAGGUGCUGUCUCUAAUCCUGAGUUCUUCAACUAUGGGGUGGAAGCAUACGAAGCCUAUAAAAAGGGGGCUCUGACCAGUGACAUAAUUGACGAGCAGAAAAAGGUUCAGGAAGCUGAUCUAGUGAUAUUUCAGUUCCCGCUGUACUGGUUCAGCAUGCCGGCUAUCCUGAAGGGCUGGAUGGACAGGGUGCUGUGCCAGGGGUUUGCCUUCGACAUCCCAGGAUUCUAUGAUUCCGGUUUCCUCAAGAAUAAGUUGGCCCUCCUUUCAUUAACCACGGGGGGCACAGCCGAGAUGUACAUGAAAACCGGAGUCAGCGGAGAUUAUCGAUACUUCCUAUGGCCCCUCCAGCAUGGUGCCUUGCACUUCUGUGGAUUUAAAGUCCUUGCCCCUCAGAUCAGUUUUGCUCCCGAGAUUGCAUCAGAAGAAGAGAGAAAGGCGAUGGUGGCCUCCUGGGCCCAGAGGCUGAAAACCAUCUGGGAGGAAGAGCCCAUCGACUGCACGCCUCCGUGGUACUUCGGGCAGUAAUGCUUCGUGCCACGUCCACAUCACAGGAGCAGCACACGGGGAGCUGCAGGCAUAUACACAGGGAGCAGGGUCCUGUAAUAAAACAAGGUCACAACCAA